AUGGACAUCCUGGCCACGGUCAGGCUGUACAUUGGCGAGAUGGUGGCCCAGGCCGGCCCUCAAAUGAAGGUGCUGCUCAUGGACAAGGAAACGACGGGCAUCGUCUCGUGCGCGUUUGCCCAAUCGGAAAUGAUGCACAAGGAGGUGUACCUGUUCGAGAAGCUCGAUUCCCCGGUGCCCCGCGAGCAGAUCAAACAUUUGAAGUGCAUCGUGUUCGUUCGGCCGACCCAGGAGAACAUCACCCUGCUGUGCCAGGAGUUGAGGACCCCAAAAUACGCCCAAUAUUUCAUUUUCUUCUCGAACAUUGCCAACAAAAGUGACAUCAAGCAGUUGGCAGAAGCGGAUGAAGAAGAAGUGGUUCGCGAAGUGCACGAAUAUUUCUGCGACGGAAUCCCGCUCUCGAAACACUUGCUGUCGAUCGGGAUGCGCAAUCCGUACGAUGCCUCCUUUCGCUUGUCAACCACUUCCCUCCUCCACAUCAAGCAGACAAUUAUCGCGUUGACGUUGGCGCUGAAGAAGAAGCCGACCGUCUGUUACCAACGUACGAAUGAGGACUGUGAACGAUUGGCGGGAGAGGUGGCACAAACGAUGCGCCGUGAGGAUGGGCUGUAUCGGAAUUGCAAGGAGGAUACGAUGCUGUUGAUUGUCGAUCGAUCUGAGGAUUGUGCCACUCCGCUUCUCAAUCAAUGGACCUAUGAAGCUAUGGUGCACGAGCUGCUCGGGAUUCAGAAUAAUCGCGUGACAAUCGACGGGCAAAAUUUGGUGUUGUCCGAGUUGCAGGACGAUUUUUAUGAAAAGAACGUCUCGGCAAAUUUCGGCGAAAUCGGGCAGAAUAUCAAGACGCUGAUGGAGCAGUUUCAAUCAAAGACGCAAAUCCACAAGAACGUCGAGUCGAUCGCCGAUAUGAAGAGCUUUGUCGACGAGUAUCCACAAUUUAAGAAAAUGUCUGGUACCGUCUCGAAGCACGUGUCCGUUGUGGGGGAAUUGAGUCGUUUGGUUGGCACGGAGAGUCUGCUAGAAGUUUCUGAGCUGGAACAAUCGUUGGUGGUUGACGGCGACCAUAGUCAAUGCUUGGAUCGGAUUCGCGUCCUUCUAAAUAAUAGGAAAAUCUCAAAUUUAAACGCCACCCGGCUCGUGCUCCUCUACGCGCUUCGUUUUGAGAGCAACCAGAGCAACGAUAUCAACGGGUUGAUCAACAUUUUGAAGCAAAGAGAACCGGCGGCUUCAUCCCUGGUCCGUUCGCUUCUUCGUUUUGGCGGGGCAACGCGGCGGAAAAACGAGCUGUUCGGUGGCCAAUCUGCCGUCGAGAUGACAAAACGAUUUAUCAAGGGUCUGAAAGGAGUGGAGAAUGUGUAUACGCAGCAUACCCCAUUCCUUCUACAGACAAUUGACGCCAUUUCAAGGGGAAAGGUCAACGAGCAGCUCUACCCUAAGCAUGCCUCAUCCGAAUUUGUGCCCCGUGUCGACAACAUCAUCAUCUUUAUGGUGGGCGGGGCCACGUAUCAAGAGUUAUUCCAUGUUCGAGCUGCUAACGAGCGACGGCUACAAUCUGGGGGGCCGGCGAUACUGUUGGCUACGACGCACAUGCUCAACACUAAGGGUUUCAUCGAGCAGCUGCGAGCGAUGGGCGGCGGCCAA